AUGUAUAAAAUACCCAGAGAAGAAGUUGAUGUACAGGAUAAUGAAACAGAUAGUACAUCAAAUAAUAAUAUUAUACAAACUAGCUCAUCCAGAUUAUCAUUCUCAAAGAAAAAUUUACAAUCUUUAGCCGGUCACAGAAAUAAUAAUACGAGCAGAAAACCGAAUCACAGAUUACCAACUUAUCUACAAGAAAGAAAGUUAGACCCUGUGAUGCCUCCUAUAAUGCAUCCUACUUCUAAAAAACCUCGUUUGCAAAAAGUACGUCGCAUUUUACCACGGACCAACUGGCAGAAUAAAAUAAGAUCAAUAUACUAUAAAGAAGCCAUUACGAAUAAUAAAAAUUUAAAACAGAGACAUUUAUCAAGUCAUUCAAGAAAGAAGUUGAAAACUUGGUUAAGAUGUAGGUUUAUGAUCCUGAUAUUCGCUUACCCAAAUCAGCUAUACCAAAAGAUAAUCUCCACUGUUAUAUUAUUCACUGUUAAACGGGAUGGGACAUGUAAGGCAAGGUAUUGUGCUCGUGGUGAUUUACAGAAUCAAGAGUCUUACGGUAAUACUGACUCCGCUAUUUUAAGUCUUGAUAGUCUUAAAAUUCUAUUAUCUGUUGCUAAUAAUAAGCAAUUACACAUUCGAACUGCAGACAUCAGUCAUGCUUUCCUAUACGCUACUCUAGAUGAGGAUUUAUAUAUUAACCAUCCAUCAGAUAAGAGGGUGUAUACGCCACUAAAGAAAGCUCUUAAUGGCUUGAAGCAAAGUCCGAAAAAUUGGAAUGGAACUCUAAGAGAAUUUAUGAACUCUCAUAAAUUUUAUGACACAUGA